AUGGUAUCGAUCAAGGGUCUUCUUCCGCUCGCCGGGCUCAUUUUUGUGGCCUUCUCCGCCGAGAUUGCCCGCUUCGAUCCAGGCCUGGCCACCAUGACAGCCCUGCCCCGAGAUGUCAUGGUUAACCCCUUCGAAGCCGAGCCGACGCCGCCCCCACAUGGGCGGUUCGCAGUCAUGGCCUUGAAGAGACAAAUCAGUCCCACCUGCGGGUAUUUCGAGACCGAUGGCUCGCCUUUCGAGUGCGACACGACUCAAACCUGUGUCACCAACGGAGGAUACUUCGGCUGCAGACGAGGCUCCAUACCCGCCACUGCCUGCAGAGAAUACACGGAUCCCGUUUGCUCCCAGAGCAGCCAGGGUAUCGGUACCGUUUGCUGCAACUUUGACAUUGCAUAUCCCUUCUGUAUGACGGGCUUGAAAAUCCUGACCCGCGAUACUGUAUCGACUCUCACCGGCUUCCUCUGCGCGAAUAACCGAUUCAGGGGUAGCCAGUAUAUCUUGGAGAACCCCAUUGCGACGACCACCAGUACAACCCCUGUACCCACCAGUCCCCCACCGACUGGGCCGUCGGCUAUUCCAACUGAUACUACUUCUCCGGUGCCAUCGGGCCCGCCUGUUGGAGCGAUAGUAGGCGGGGUCGUCGGUGGGGUCGCCCUCCUGGGCGCCAUCAUCACCGCCGUGAUCUGGAUGCUAGUCCGCAAACGCCAGAAGGACAAAAACAACAACAACAACAACAACAACAACAACAACAACAACAACAACAACGGUAGCCCCGAUGAAAUGGCACCCAGCGUGAGCCAGAACUCCUACCACAAUGGGAUGGGAUACUCCGGAGCCCCGAUGGAAGCACAAUUCUCUAGACAGACCACCGGAUUCGACGCGUCCAAGGGCAACUACCAAUCCACCAUCACCCCGGCAUGGGACGUGCAAAGCAUCCAACACCACCAUGGCUACUCCCACCCCGUGCCCGUGCCUUCAAUCAUGUCGACGAGUACGGCUGGUCCGUAUCAGCCGCCCGUCUCGGCGAUACCGCAAAGCCCUGAGGCUGCCCCGAUGUACAACGCAGUCCACAACGGCCAUGCCAUGCAGUACACGUCCGAGGUGCCCGCUAUCAACAAAGCCGGCACCGGAAACAAUGCCUCAGAGCUUCCAUCUCCGGAUUACAGGCGAUGAUAAACGACUGAAGGGGUGCUCAAGCGAACAAAGAAUUAGGUUGGCCCAGUCCGUCGAGCUGUAAGUUGUUCGUGCUUCAGUAGUAUUUAGUCAAUGAUGUAGCAUACUCGCUGGUUUACUGAAUUGAGGCUCUGCUGUCCAUGAAUUAUUUGAACCACGCGAAGACUUGCUUUGAUCCGUUACUACCUCUGUACUUUGCCGUUGAACAACACGUGGAUCUUGAACCUACAAUUCCGUCUCAAAUGAGUCAAUCCAUGCAUGGUCCCGGUUCAUGCGCAUGACCCAAGCCAGAAUAGCCUGAUAGUGGAUGAAGUCGACUCUCAUUAACGUUGAUCUUUAACCUGCUUUAUUGUAUAUCUCCCCUUUCGUUGUAGACAACUUGCUGUCAUUCCUCGAUCCAAGUUCUUGUUCGUC